UUAGGUUUUCGGAAGGGCUUCUACUUUGGCAUUUAUCACGGGCUGUCUGCCUCACUUGCGAAGCAGGGUGCCCCUAGCACACUGCCGGGCCCCUCGGGGAACGCACUUAGGGAAGCGAAGCAAAGCGAAUUGCAUUUGGCAGGAACCAGCGCUCUUUCCCACGGCGCCAUGGGAGCGCACCGGUGGGCACAGAAGACACUAGGAAGAGGCGGUCGGCGAAUAGCGUCACCUCCUAAGCUCCGCCCAUCAGAAGCGCCUUCUAAGCUCGUUCUUCCGCCUGCUUCCUCCCUCUUUUCCUUUCUCCGCCAUCGUGGUGUGUUCUUGCCUCCACUUCUCGCCAUGUCUUCUCACAAGACUUUCAGGAUUAAGCGAUUCCUGGCCAAGAAACAAAAGCAAAAUCGUCCCAUUCCCCAGUGGAUUCGGAUGAAAACUGGAAAUAAAAUAAGGUACAACUCCAAAAGGAGACAUUGGAGAAGAACCAAGCUGGGGCUAUAAGGAAUUGCACAUGAGAUGGCACAUAUAUUUGUGCUGUCUGAAGGUCACGAUCACAUUACCAUAUCAAACUGAAAAUGUCACCACUCUCUGGAGAGUUCGACGUAUUUUCCUCUUUGAAUCUAUUAUGAAUGCGUUGGUUGGCUGGGUUCAGUAAUAAAUAUGUGAGGCCUUUCAUUUCAA